CGGUUGCGCAAUUUCCGAAACAGGUUGCUCGAACCGCGAUGCCUAAGAUACUUUCUUCGUGAUGCUCCGAGUUCAGUCCAAGGCGAGCCGCGAGAGGACGCGGUUGGUGAAAGAUGUCAAACUGACAGCUGUCAAAGUCUAGUGCAGUGCGAAGGAAAGUGAACGUUUCCGGUAACAAACUGAUAUAUUUAAACGGUGUUUUCUAUUUUGGUGGAUUUUCAAGACUGUUGUUUUGUUUUGUUUUUUUUCGUUUCAGCAACCAAAAUGAUACCGAGAUGGAGAAAGAUGAUGUUCUGGUGCCUGCUGUUAACGUUUGUCUCAGCGGAAGAGCAGCCUUUGGGGUUGGUCUCCAAGGACACGGAGCACGAUUUAAUAGCUGAAGCGACACAUUCCGGUGCUCAAGCCCAGAAGAGGGAGGCUGGCCUGUCGAACUCCUACGGGGAGCCCCUCCCGCCGGACGCGUACGGACCUCCGAGAGAUACGUCCGACCUGAUUUCAGAUCUCCAGCUGCCGGUUCCCGUGUACGGCGUCCCUCAGCAAAACGACUUCCUGCAAGAAACACCGCCCGGAGCGUACGGGCCCCCGUCCCCCGUCGUGUUCCCGAGCCAACACUACGAAGGACCCCCGCCACCAAUUUCCAAACCGAAGCCAAUAUAUGGACCCCCCAAGUUUCAUGGACCGCCCAAGAACUUUGGUCCCCCGAAACUAAGCUACGGGCCCCCCAAGUCGUACUACGGACCUCCGAAGAAGUUAUACGGACCCCCUAAGCAAGGGCUCCCUAAGCCUUCUUAUGGUACACCUUUCAAAGCGCCCAAAGUGCUGUCCAAACCGUACCCAAAGCCAGUAUACGGUCCACCAAAACCAGUGUACGGCCCGCCAAAGCCAAUAAGAUCAACUUACGGUCCCCCAUUACCAAGUGUACCAUUAGAAGCCCCGCCUCUUCCUCAACCCACUAUCACCACAGUUGAAACCACUAUUGGCCUGGGGGGCUUUGGAUCAAGCCACGCUGUAGACGUUGGCGCCAACUUUGGCACAUUUGGCGACUCCAGUCUGAAUUUAGACUUGAAUCUACCCGCUCCUAUAUACGGCACUCCAAUCGUGUCGCUACCUUUGGAUGUUGGCAACGAAAACCACUUCCCGUCAGAGACGUACGGACCGCCGGGCCACGCGCUCGGCCCAAUCGGACCUAACGACCAGGUCGUGGUACAAGACAUAGCGGACGUCGGACACUACGGGCCGCCGCAACCCGACCCAAACCCGCGACCCCCACACCCAGGCAUCCCCGCUCCACCGACGCCCCCGCACGUCCUCUACGACGGCUGGAAGCCAAUACCUGGAGUAUCUAAACCAGUUGGACACGUCGAAGAGACUGUCUUCCAAAACGUCGGUGUCAGCGAUCAUUACGGCCUCCCGCCGCCCCCCGUGCACGAGAUACACGUGAACGAGCAGCAACUACCCGUCCUCGACCAAGGUCCUCACUUCGCGCAUCAGAUAUCAACUGGCUACUCCAGCGUACAUCAAGACGCGCUCUCUAACGUCGACCUCAAUUCGCUUGUUGGUGGAGAUUCGAACCACAUCGACCAGUCGAAGACAGUGUUCGAAGCUCACUAUACCGAGAACCAUGAUCCACAGGCUGACUUAGCUUUCAUCCAAUCGUCCAUACCCAGUCAGAGACCGUUUGAUUCUUACGGCGCUCCGCCAUUGGACUCGCUCUCUGGUGGACCCUACCCUCCGUCUGUAAGGCAACAAGGAGCCAAAGGCCUGAUCCCGCCUUCAGGAGUGUACGGCGUGCCACCGGGCAGUCAAUAUGGUGCUCCACCGAAACCGCCACCAUCCAAUUUGCCCAUCCCGUACGGCAGCUACUCAGGAGGUGGUCACUCCAUCCACACCGGCUUGAAUACUCCUAAAAAGCCCAUUAAGUUCAGAGAUUCCGUUCCUGCAGGCUUACUGGAGCACGUGGGUCAGACCACACACGGCAAGGACACCCUGACGAUCGACAAUCUUACCCAGGGACCGGCGUACCUACCGCCGCCCAUCAGAGACGCCAAAGAGGUCAAUCAUCACACAUCAUUCGGCAUAAAUCUAUCUAUAGAACCAACGGAUUUGUACAGCCUUCCUCACGCGGGAAAUCCCCUCAACUUUCAGGCCCCACAACCCAGUAACCUCUACGGGUCCCCCAUCGACUCUUACUCAGCUCCGUUCUUGACUGUGGCAGAUCACACAGCGUCCGGAUCCAACACUAACGCGGUCACAACGACCAUAGACGGCGCGCUUCUAGCAAACCUCUCCAAUUUGGAGGCUGCAGCGAUUCUAAAGCACUGCCCCUAUCACGAAGCUAUUUUAAAAGCAGCACAAUACGGAGAGAAAAUCCCUGUCGAACUGGCCACGAAGUACAUGGCCAGUCUGAAGUCCCUGGGCAGCACGCUCUCCAAGAAUCAGUUCACGAGCUAUCAGAAUUCAGAAGCCGUUCACAGUUCGAGGGAUCAGUUAGGGUCAGCGCACACGGCCGUCCACUCUGUACUGCCGAACAACGUCCGUCACGACGACAAAGUCAAAGGUAAAUCUUUGAGAGAAAUUCAGAAACAGAGUCACAAAGGACAGAAUUUACAGUUCGUUUCCGAUCAAAUUCAAAAGACAUCGGACAAAAUCAAGUCUCUGAACGAGGAAGCGAAGAUCUUGCAACAGCAGAUCGUUCAUAACAAUCAGAAUUUGAACCAGGGACAAUUUUCAAGUCAAGCCACGCAGUUCUCGAACGAUUUCACUGGUAAUCAAGCUACUUAUGCUGUUCAAAUACAAUCCUCUGUGGGUGGCAAAGGCAAGGAUCCGAGCAUACCGCACGAACAGCUGCUGAAUGAAGGGCUGUUACAGAGUAUACUUCAAGCCAUAGAGCAGCCCCGAGAUCCGAAACAGCAGUCUGUGCAAAUUCGUCAACAACCUAGCAACACUGACGAUGGCCUGGUGUUGCCAGUCGGCUACGAGCCAGUGGACAGGACCAAAGAAAUACAAAGCUCAAAUAGGGACAUUAAACAGAUCUUGCACAGCGAAAUAGUGACUAGGGGCGAUGUUCCCGAUUGCGAAUUGAAAGCCGAUGGAUCCGUGAACCACGAAGUAGUAGUUCCAGCGCCAUUAGAAAGAGUCAAACCGGUGGAGGAAGUAAACGAUAAUGAUGUCGCAAUAUUUUUCGAUGAAAAACCGAAAAACAACGAGCCAGUUACAGAAAUAUCCGUAGCGACCAGUAUUAGUGAAGACUCAGAUGAAAAUGGCAGUAAAACUCGUCAAUUCGGUGAGAAGAUCAAAGAGGCGUAAAGCGAUUAAUUUCAGGGUAGAUUCUAGUCUAAUUGCCGGUGGGUUCUAUUAAAAUUGAAAUAUAUCAAUGGAAGUUCAUGUAUUCGUGGCAACGAUAAAACCUUUAUACACUUUUAUUUUAUAUCAUAAAAUUGCAUGCUUAUAAAUUUCGUUCGUAAAAAUUGUCAUCUAAUCGGUGCCAUUUUUGGAUUUUAAAAAAAUAUUUAAUCAAAAUGCCAUUUAAAAAAACUAUAUAUUAUACCUUUGUAGGUUGUAAACGUAGGUAGGCACUCUACUCAUAAUUUAAUUUGGAACUCAUCCAUUGAUUUAAAAAAAAAUGGACGGAUCAUUCUGGAUGCGUUCCAAAUUACGAAUUUAUAUUGUUUAUUACAGUAAUCAAUUAACCCUUAUUUAAUAAAAUCGAUUAAUGUUUCGACUCGAGUUAGCUUCAAUUUGCAAUAAUCAAAGAUUCUGUUACCGUGAGACCAUUGCUUGUAAUUUGUCCUUUAAUCGACAAGCAAUAAAAUCUAAAAAAUGUGUGCGUGUACUAGUGUACACACGUAAGAAGUGAAACUUGUUUAUGGCCUUAUUUUUCGAAAAAUGAUCUACAUGCAACUUUCUAGAAAUUGGUUAAAUAAAGUUAAAUUAGAUAAAGUUUAAACAAAAGGAUUUUAUUAUCAUAGACAUGAAUACAAAAAAGUUAAAUUAGAUAAAGUUUAAACAAAAGGAUUUUAUUAUCAUAGACAUGAAUACAAAACAGAUGGCGCGUAACGGAAAAAAGUGACGCGUAACCGAAAAAUGUGACGGUAAAUUUUUUUCCAACGCCGAUAAGGAAGUUUCACUUCAAAAAUAAAUAAUUCAAUAAUAUACAUCACAGCGAUCAAGGGUUAAGCAUUAUUCACAAUUUAUUUGUAAUUUAUAAAUAAUAGUUCUAAGUUAACACAGUAUUUGUGGUGUCGUGCUCGUAUUUAUUCAUGAGGUUUGAAUGUUUAUGUGUAUUUUAGUACAAAUAGUUUUGUAAUUGUUUACAAAUAAAAAUAAAUAUAAAAUA